UGUCACAAAGGGGCAGAUUUUCAUGGAACUUUUUGUGCUCUGUUUUUCGUGAUUUUUCCCAUGAAAUGAAUCCAUCGUCGGCGAGGGCGCAAGAGAUCCGCCGCGAGGCGACAAAGUGGUCCCUUGACGGCGACGCCAAACUCCUCGAGUAUAUGCGAGAGAUCUCGCAGAACCUAGAAUCGCGGUGCCGAGAAACUGAGCUGAGCAUCAACCGGAUGUGCCUAAGUGCUGAUCAAGUGAAUGUGGAAUUGGGUAACACGACAAAUCGGCUGUUAGCUCUGCAGCACUCGCAGUUUGUGGAGAAUCGAGUUCAGGAAGAUGAUGAGGCUUCCGGGACUGCUCAGAAUGGUACAGACAAGGCUCCGGAAACACGUCAGAUGUCACCCAUGUCCACACUGAAGAGUGUCCUCGCGGAUUCUGUAGCUUGCCUUAACGAUUGCUAUGAGAAAAUCCAGGUGGAACUGGACGAGGACAGUGAGGAGGAAGAUGAGCCCGGAAGAAGUGUGGCGUUUCGCCCGAAGGAUCCUUAUGCCCACCGACCAUUGCCUUACGUCAUCGGGUCGAAGGAGUUCAAAGAAAAGUGGCACGUGGGACUUGUAGAUUCGGAAUCAGACCAAGAACACGAAGAAGAUCCUCAGUUUUCGGACUCUGGAAGUGAGUCUGGUCACUCAGUCUCUCUUCCUAGUGUCGGUGGAUCGGAGGCAGACUCCGUUUGGGGUCUUCAAGCCACUAGCAAUGCCUUAGCUCACAAAAGUGCCUCGCAGAUAUCUUCGGAGGAUGAAAACUCCCCGAAAGUUUUUGAUCCUCCUGUGCCUGCACAGAGAGCCUACUUCCAACCACCUAAACUCACACCUCGCACGAGUGUCCCUGAGAAUCCUGUGACAAAUCUCUUCUCUUCUUCUCCACCACGAAUUCCUGGCACAUCUAAAGCUACUGGGCUCUUUGAUGAUCUCGAGGAUUAUGACUUUGACGCUCCAGCCCCGAAGGCGGACUCUAAACCACCGCCAUUCUUCCGGGAUAUGCCUGAAACUCACAAAACAGUCAAUCUCUUUGACGAUGAACCUCCAGAAUUUGAGGCACCGCCUUUGGUGACGCAAAAAUCGAGACAAAGCAGAUCAUUCUUGGAGUCGGAUAAUGAAGAGGAAGUGGAUCUGCCCAAAAAAAUAGUGAAAGAGCCCAAAGUAGCCACAAAUCUAUUCAACGAAGAGCCGCCGGUGGAUGAUUUCCAGGAGAAAAAUAAGCUCCCGGCGAAUCUCUUUGAGGACAAUGAUGAUGAAUUUGACUCCUUCAUGAGUUCAUUGAAGAAACCAUCGGAAAAGGUCACAAAACCUAAACUGUCAAAUCUUUUUGAUGAUGAUGAUGAGCCUGAAGACUUCUUGGACACUCUUUUGAAAGGUGUGAAGACAAAACCGAAGUCUCAACCUGUGGAAAAGAAAGAGUCAAAACUUCAAGAAGUGAAGGAAGACUUGAAUGAUGCAAAAGAGAAGAGAGAAAUAGCAAAAGAACCUAGAAAGGUAGAGACAGUCAAGAAAAUAAGCUUAUUUGAUGACUCAGAUGAUGAGGAUAUUUUCUCUGAAACUGGGAAAAAGACUGAACCUUCGAUAAAUGUACAGAGAAAUAAUUCUGAAUCGUUACGAAAAGAAUCCUUGGGUAGGGAGACACCUCAAGAGACAAUGAGCAAAGAGAGAACAUUACAUGUUAAGGAACCUUCAUUAAAUGUGCAGAAAAAGAAUAGUGAGUCGCUAAGAAAAGAAUCACGGGAUAAGGAGACGCCUCAUGAGAUAAUAAGCAAGGAGACAACACCGCUUACUGAUGAACCUUCGGUUAAUGCACAGAGUAAAAGUUCUGAAUCGUUAAGGAAGGGAUCUUUGGAUAAGGAGACUUCAAGAAAAGAAAGAAAGCCGCUGAUAGUUGAAGAAGAACCUCCCCUCGAAGUUGAAACUCCUCCUGUAGAAGAACCACCGGUUGAUCAAAAGAUUGAAGAGUCUUCAAAAAAACCUGAAGAGGCAGAAACAAUUCCUGAGAAUCUAUUUCCAGAUGAAGAAGAGCCAGAAGACUGGCUGGAAGCGUCACCUAAUUUCCAUAAACAUCCGCCAUCGAAUUUAUUCAGUGAACCUCCGGAAGAUGUGUCACCAGAGAAGAAGGAAUCGAAACUCCCUGGGCUAUUUGAUGAUCUGGAUGAUGAUGAUGAUGAUUUCUUCACACCCAAGCGGACGGAGGAGCAACAGAAAACCACUAAUAUGCCUCUGUUCGAUGAUCUUCCGCCGGACGAUGAUCUGUUUGCCAACCGGAGCGAUCGAAAGGAGAAAGAAGUCUUCUAUGAUGACUUUGCUGACAGUUUUCCGCCAGAAGUGAGUUCGGUCAAUCCAAGUGGAAGUUCUUAUUUGUUUAAUGAUGAACCGCCGCCUGUUGAUGACUGGCAAGAGAGUGGAGCAAGUAAGGAUGAACCGGAUGAAAUCAUUCCUAGUGUGAGGAAUUUGAUAAAUCGCCACGAGAAGCCAGAAAACGUGGCGGAAGAGCCUUUGAACAAGCCCAAAAUCGUGCCUAAUAAAUUGAGUAAGACAAUGGCGAUAAAUGUAGCGGCUCUGUUGCCAGGAGCUAAAAGGCCAUCGUUUAAGAAUGUCCAGGAAAGUCCUACUGAAGAAGCUCCGGUGAAGAGUCCAGAGGAGGUGCAGGAGGUGCCAGAGGUUGCGGAGAAAAUUGAGGAGAAACCAGAAGAUCCAAGUCUUCUGGUGAAUCUAAAUAGGAACAGAGCGAAAAUCCCUCAAAAGAGGAAACCUUCGACGAGGAGGGGUCGCCAGGAGACGUAUAGGAAAUCUCUGAUCCUGGAAAGUGACAAUCAGAAGGAGGGAAUUGUUCAGAAUCCUGAGAGGGAGAAAAAACUGCCAGAAGAUCUCUUCGGAGAUGACUUGCCUGAGACUGAAAAGAAAGCGGCGAAGGUGAUCCAGAAGGUAGUGAAGUCAGCGCCCAAGAGUCUCUUCGAGAGUGACGAUGAGGACAGCAGUGAUAUAUUCUCCAUGGUGAAGCCCAAAAGCCUCCCGAAAUCGACGAGUGAACCGACAAAGAUCACACCAAAGCCAACAUCUCUCUUUGGGGACUCGGAUGAGGAUGAUGACGAUCUGUUUGGAGCGGCCAACAAAAGUAAUGCGGUGAAGAUCACGGCGCCUGUCAGCAAAGUGGAGAAGAAGAUCACGAAGAAGUCCGCCGCCGGAGAUGAUCCUCUCGCUGAUCUCUUCUAAUCAUCACGUGAGUAGCAAUUACCAAAAUUUCUCCCCUCGAUUUAGAGCGAAUGAUUGUGAGAGAUUGCUGAAGAUCAGCAUCUAAAGUGCCUCUCAAGUCAAUAGAAGAGUCACAAUUAUCGCAUUGGUGUAAAGUCUGUUGCAAUGGAUAUUUUUGUCCCCCGCCUGUGUCUUCUUUUAUGUUUAUGUCAAUGAUCGAGGAGAUUGAGUGCGAUGAGAUUGAACAACAUUCCAGAGGCCAACAAAGUUGGACAGAGUCGUUGAGUAUUGGAAGAUGCGCGGAUGGUUGGAAAACAUUUUGUAAAUGAGAUAUUCUUGUAAGGCUAGAUGGUAAUAUUUCAAUGUAUUAUAUCCCAGAAAGUAAUUAAUAAAGUAUCGUUUUAU